CCAGUAAAGAAAGGAAGUCAAAGGAAGCCAGGGCCCAGGACAGUGUGGAAGGCGUCGUCGCUGUGGCCUCGAGGCCUCCACGUCUCUGUCACUGCCGACCAGCCAUGGCGUCCCCCGCGGCGUCCGGCGAGGCCGAGGCCCCCGUCCUCCCAGCCCUCCUCCUCUUCCGCCGCCGCCUGGACGCGGCCUUCCACGCCGCGCUGCGCCGGCGCUACCGCCUCCUCGACUUCUUCGCGUCGGGCGAGCCCCUCCCGGCUUUCCUCGCUGGCGCUGCGGCCUCGCCGGACCCGCCCCGCGCCGCGGUCGUCGUGGGAGGCGGCGCCGUCCGCGUGGACGCCGCGUUCCUCGACGCCAUCCCGUCCCUCGGGUUCGUCUUCAGCACCGGCGCGGGCGUCGACCACAUCGACCUCCACGAGUGCGCGCGACGCGGCGUCGCCGUCGCCAACUCCGGCACGGUCUACUCCACCGACGUCGCCGAUCACGCCGUCGGCAUGCUCAUCGACGUGCUAAGGCGCGUCUCGGCGGCCGAGCGGUUCGUCCGCAGCGGCCUCUGGCCAGUGCAGGGGGACUACCCCCUCGGCAACAAGCUCGGCGGCAAGCGUGUUGGCAUCAUCGGCUUGGGGAACAUCGGUUCACUGAUCGCAAAGAGGCUUCAAGCUUUUGGCUGCGUCAUCUAUUACAACUCCAGAAGACCGAGGGAUUCAGUCCCCUACAAAUACUUCCUUAACGUUCAUGAUCUUGCUUCUGAAUCAGAUGUGCUUGUUGUCGCAUGCGCAUUGAACAAGGACACACGGCACAUUGUCAACAAGGAUGUUCUAGAGGCCCUGGGAAAGGAUGGGAUCAUCAUAAACAUCGGUCGAGGAGCAAACGUCGACGAGAUGGAGUUGGUUCGGGCGCUGAAGGAGGGAAGGAUCGCAGGAGCUGGUCUUGAUGUCUUUGAGAAUGAGCCCAAGGUGCCAGCAGAGUUCUUCUCCAUGGACAAUGUGGUAAUGACGCAUCAUGUUGCGGUUUUCACAUCAGAGUCCAGGUCAGACCUGCGCGACACCACGAUCGGUAACCUUGAAGCCUUCUUCUCCGGGAAGCCAUUGCUUACGCCGGUGCUUCCCUGGUAAGUCAGGCCACGUAGAUUGCAGGUCAAUCCAUCAUCUUAGUAUGAUGUUGGAAUGUAAUUUUAUUUUAUUUUGGCUGCAAGAUGCAUGCCUACAGGAUGCAGAGUGUGCCCUUUGGUAUUUCAGAUAGCAUCUCUUCUGAACAGGGGGAAAAACAGAAUGAUUCCUUGUGUUAAUUCUUCUUUGUAGUGA